AUGGUGAACCCCCCGCACGGUGGUGUGCUGAAGGAUCUGCUUGCGCGUGAUGCUCCCAAGGCGGCAGCCCUUGAUGAGGAAGCAAACUCGCUCCCGGACCUCAUUCUCAGCGAGCGCCAACUGUGUGACUUGGAGCUGAUCAUCACCGGUGGCUUCUCGCCCCUGGAGGGCUUCAUGGGUCAGGCCGACUACGAGGGCUGCUUGACCAACAUGCGCCUUGCCGACGGCACCCUCUUCCCCAUGCCCAUCACCCUGGACGUGUCGAAGGAGCAGGUAAACACGCUUGGCCUGAAGGCCGGCUCGCGCAUCGCCCUCCGCGAUCCACGCGACGACAAUGCAAUCGCGAUCCUGACUGUGUCGGAUUUGCACGAUGUCAACCGCUCCCGCGAGGCUGAGCUCGUGCUCGGCGCCGACGACAAGGCUCACCCGGCCGUGUCCUACCUGUACAACCACGUGAAGGACGUGUACGUCGGUGGUACCGUCGAGGCCAUUCGCAAGCCACAGUACUACGACUACGUGGAGCUGCGCUUCACGCCCGCGGAACUGCGCCACCACUUUGAAAAGGUCGCGUGGCGCAAGGUGGUGGCGUUCCAGACCCGGAACCCGAUGCACCGUGCGCACCGUGAGCUCACCGUGCGUGCUGCACGCCAGCUACAGGCCAACAUUCUCAUCCACCCUGUUGUCGGUAUGACCAAGCCCGGCGAUGUCGACCACUACACGCGCGUGCGCGUGUACUCUAGCCUAAUGCCUCGCUACCCUAAGGGCAUGGCGACCCUGGCGCUCCUGCCCCUGGCCAUGCGCAUGGCUGGUCCCCGUGAGGCCUUGUGGCAUGCGAUCAUCCGCAAGAACUUUGGUGUUUCGCACUUUAUCGUCGGUCGUGACCAUGCGGGUCCGGGCAAGAACUCCAAGGGCCAGGACUUUUACGGCCCGUACGACGCCCAGGACCUCGUGCGCAAGCACACAGACGAGCUGGGCAUUGAGAUGGUGCCGUUCCAGCAGAUGACGUAUCUGCCCGACUCGGACGAGUACCAGCCCGUGGACGAGGUGCAGCCGGGUACCCGUACGCUGGACAUUAGCGGUACGGAGCUCCGCAAGCGCCUGCGCACUGGUGCGCCGAUUCCCGACUGGUUCAGCUACGACAGUGUUGUCAAGACGCUGCGCGAGAGCUACCCGCCGAAGACGAGCCAGGGCUUUACUCUGUUCCUCACCGGCCUGUUCAACUCGGGCAAGGACCAGAUUGCCCGUGCCCUGCAGGUGAAGCUGCACGAGCAGGGUGGCCGCAGCGUGUCUCUGCUGCUGGGUGACACGGUGCGCUCGGAACUCUCGUCGGAGCUCGGCUUUUCGCCCGAGGACCGCCACACCAACAUCCAGCGCAUUGCGUUUGUAGCGAGUGAACUCACUCGUGCAGGUGCCGCUGUGAUUGCUGCACCGAUCGCGCCGUACGAGAAAUCGCGUGCGAUGGCGCGUGAGACGGUGCAGAAGCACGGUGGCUCGGGCAACUUUUUCCUCGUGCAUGUCGCGACGCCGCUCGAGUACUGUGAGAAGACGGACCGCCGCGGCAACUAUGCCAAGGCGCGCCGCGGUGAGAUCAAGGGCUUCACGGGUGUCGACGACGUGUAUGAGGAGCCGAAGGAUGCGGACCUCAAGGUCGACCCAUCGCAGCAGAGCAUUGCGGAGAUUACGCACUCAAUUGUGCUCCUGCUUGAAGCGAACGGCCUGAUCUAA